AAAGAAACCCCGAAACAAGAGGGGCAACUGACGAGACGAUGACGAGAACAAUCCGUCUGCGAUACAUUUGAUUUCUUCUUUUUUACCGAGCGGGAGGCAGAGAAAGUGGGAAAGUGGGGAAAUUCCCGCGUCUCAAAGUGGUCUUUAAACUACACACGGCGGAGCCUCGGCAUCGGUAGCUGCUGUAUCUGCCCGUGAAGAGAGAGCGACGGCGAGGGAGGAAAGGAAGCGAGGGAGAAGGAUGCGAGGGCUCUAAAGGAGAUAAAUACAACAUAUUCGACAUGAUUUCCGCGUCGAUAUCGAAGUAUGUGUUCCCUUAGCAAAUACUGAUUUGACAACGAUUUUGUUUGCGGUCGUUUUGGGGUAUCUUUUGGACGUGGAAACGGGGGACACUCAGCAGAUAGGGCGUUUUUAAAGUCCACCUUUUUGUGUGUGUGUGUGUGUGUGUGUGUGUGGCCGUUGGACCAACGGCGAACGUCGCGCGAGGUGUCUUCCCCCCCGCGCGCGCGCCCGUCCGUUGUCGGGCAGAGCUGACCAGCUCCUGAUAAUCGGAUGAAAUCUCGUCCGCCACCCAUCCCACCGUCGUUAGGGGCCUCUGCCGGCAAACUGCGUCACCGAGCGGACGCCACAGGUAUUCGUCUCUAAAUCUGCACAGUCGAGAGGGGGGGGGGGGGGGGAUGGCCCGAAUGACCUGGAAGCCGAAGUGACUGCACUUUAAAAAAACGCCAUCGCGCCAUGGAGCCGGAGGCCAACUCUGAGGCCCACCCAGAACACAAUUACCCCUCGGUACCCAACUCUCAGUGUGAUCUCCCCACGGACAUGCAGGAGGAGGCCUCGGGUAACGGGAGCCUCCGCCCCGUGGACUCGGGGGUGAGAGGCGGCGGCGGCGGCGACCCCAGUGACCCCUCCUGCAGCUAUCAGAGGAAUGUGCACCAGAGGUUCAUCAGGAGAAGCCUGUGGUUCUCGGAGGUCGACGAGCAGGCCUUCGAAGCGCCCGAGUGCGAGAGCAGGAGUAAGGCCCUGAACAUCAACCUGCGGACGAUCGUGGACAGGACGCGGCGGACCAGCUGCGGGGUACAGGAAGGCUCCAGCACCGAAAGCCAAGGCGGGCAAAAGGACGGCGCGACGGAGAGCGUCAGCGCGACGGAGAGCGUCAGCGCCGACGAGGACAAGGAUAAAAGCGGAGAGGCCUUGACCCUCGCGUGCAACGGCGGCGGCGGGAAAGCCGCCGUCAAGAUGGCCAGCGAGGAGAACGAGGAGGAGGCGGGAAUGAAAGCCGUCUCCACGUCCCCGGGGGGGAGGUUCCUCAAGUUUGACAUCGAGCUGGGCAGAGGGUCCUUCAAGACGGUCUACAAGGGCCUGGACACCGAGACCUGGGUGGAAGUCGCCUGGUGUGAGCUGCAGGAUCGCAAGUUGUCGAAGGUGGAGCGCCAGCGCUUCAAGGAGGAGGCGGAGAUGUUGAAGGGCCUUCAGCAUCCCAACAUCGUCCGUUUCUAUGACUUUUGGGAGUCGCCCCUGAAAGGGAAGAAGUGCAUCGUGUUGGUGACGGAGCUCAUGACGUCAGGAACGCUAAAGACCUAUCUGAAGCGCUUCAAGGUAAUGAAGCCAAAGGUGCUGAGGAGCUGGUGCAGGCAGAUCCUGAAAGGCCUUCACUUCCUGCACACCCGGACCCCUCCCAUCAUCCACAGGGACCUCAAAUGCGACAACAUCUUUAUCACCGGACCCACCGGCUCGGUCAAAAUAGGGGAUUUAGGACUGGCAACGCUCAAGGCGGCCUCCUUUGCGAAGAGCGUCAUAGGCACCCCAGAGUUCAUGGCUCCGGAGAUGUACGAAGAACACUACGACGAGGCCGUGGACGUCUACGCCUUCGGCAUGUGUAUGCUGGAAAUGGCCACAUCGGAAUACCCCUACUCCGAGUGUCAGAAUGCUGCUCAGAUUUACCGCAAAGUCACGAGUGGAGUGAAGCCAGCCAGCUACAACAAGGUCGUGGAUCCGGAAAUCAAGGAGAUUAUCGGAGAGUGUAUCUGCCAAAAGAAAGAGGAGCGGUACACCAUCAAGGAACUGUUGAACCACGCUUUCUUUGCCGAGGACACGGGCGUGAGGGUGGAGCUGGCCGAGGAGGACGACGGGAAAAAGGACUCGAUGGCCCUGAAACUUUGGGUGGAGGACCACAAGAAGCUCAAAGGGAAGUACAAGGAGAGCGGAGCCAUCGAGUUCCUGUUCGACCUGGAAAAGGAGGUCCCUGAGGUGGUGGCACAGGAAAUGGUGGAGUCUGGCUUCUUCCACGAGAGCGAUGCGAAGACUGUGGGAAAGUCGAUCAGGGACCGCGUGGCGCUGAUCAAGUGGAGGAGGGGGAGAACGGUGUCGGCCGCGGUUCCGGUGGAUCAAGGGGAAGGCGACGGCGGCCACCGGGUCCAGGUGACGCCGUCUCAGGGCAUCGCUGCCGGGGCUGCACAUGAACCGGAGGAGUCCGAGGCAGACCAGCACAACAGGCUGCGUCACCUUCCAGCCAGCGCCACCUCGGUGACGUCAGACGGCACGCUCGACAGUGGCAUGGGCUCCACUGUUUACUCCGACUCCCACAGCAGCCAGCAGAGUGUCCUCUACCAGUCCCUGCUGGAGCCUAUUACUAUGGCAACACAGCAGUGCCAGAGCAGCAGCCCCUUUCUAACCGGCCGACCUCACUCCUGUGAAAAGAGCAACGUGUCGGAGGCCGCGCUGGGCCCGGAGCUCCGGACCCGCUUCGGAGCUGCAAGCCGAAGAGGAAGCGCCCCGGUUAUUGACACUCGCAGUGCGAACCACAUCGCUCAACUCCACGCGCUCAUUCAGUCGCUGGGAUCCAUCAGGCCCGCGGCACCGGACAGCCGGCCGGACCUCGACCCCACGGAGCUUCACUCGGAGGGCGGCUUCCCCUUCCGGAGCAGUCUGCCGGCACUGCAGGGCGUCCCCGUCUCCCCGCCCUCCGACUGCCGCCGCUGUAGCGACGCCGCCGUCGGCCCUCCGUUCGCCGCCGCCGAGAUCUCGCCGCCGCCCGUGCCAAGUGGACGAAGACACUCUGACCUCAGCAGCCUUCUGAGUCGCACCGCGCAUCACAGUCGCCAUUUUGGCACGUAUGGCGGCCAGGUGUGCCACGCUUGCCUCUCUUUGCUUCUCCUGCGGGCGCGGGAAGGGAGCCACCGGCGUCCUCUUGUCGCCGCGCCGACUCGCCACUCUCCUCGGGACUUGAGGACGAACCCUUCUUCCGCCGGAGCGACGGCCACGCCUGGCUACGGACGGCUGAAAGGUUUGAGCGAUUGCUCUGAUUUCUCCCUGCUGCAGCGGUCCCUGUUCAAUAUAAUCGGCCGCAAAGCGCCCCCCCCCGGGCCCGCCCAGGCCCCCCUGCUGCCGGCCUCCGCUGCCCACAGGCCCGCACGCAGUGACGGAGACGCCGGCCUGAAGAGCCACCUGCCGCGUGGAGGUCUGGUUGAGGACCGAGAACCCGAGGACAGACUCUGUGCCAGAGAGCGGCAGGUUCCCAGAGCCGUGGGAGGGGCCGGUUCGGCGGGUCACCACGCUCAGCCGCCGGUCCACGGCCUGCCGUCUUCCAGCACGCCGGCGCCCGCGCCCCUGCAGUACCUCCAGCCCGGACAGAGUUACCCCCCCGCUCCAUACUUUGGCCAACACGGCGCCGCAGCACCGACUCCAGCCAGUCCGUGCUCCGUCAACAUCCAGCAUGCAGUCGGCGCCGCUAGCUACACGCCGCCAGGUGGGCAAGUCGCAGCAGCAUCAGCGGUGCAGCAGCAUGUCGCACAGAGCUACCAGGCACCGGGCCACCAGCAGCAGGCGACAGCGGCGGGCUCUUCGACUUUUCCUUUGAACGCGCAACAACCGUGUCAGAACUGCGUGGCCCCGACUCAGCAACAGGCUCACGCCGCAUCGGGGUAUCAGCAGCCCGCGGCGUCCGCCCCGCCAGCACAGCGGCCAGCACAAGGCCACCCCCUCGCGUCCGUCGCCCCGACGGUUGCAGCCGUGGCCCAGUGUCACCCGACACAAGCUCCCGGUGCACUGCAACACGUCAACCCGCCGAGUCAGCCGCCUGGCCCGAGCUCCUCCGCACCAGCACUUUACAGCCAACCGAUUCAACAAGAGCACCAACUGAAUACUCUGACUAACGUGCAGCCGGCGCCGCACGCUGGGCCGGCUUACGUUCGGCCUCGGCUCCAGCACAACCGGGAAGCUCUGCACACCGUGCACCAGCAAAUGGCACAACAGCCCGCCCGCCUGUCUCAAAGUCAGCAGGAGUUACACGCCCGGACGCUACAGCAGAGCCGGGAUGUGUCCCAGUCCACAGGCCGACCGCUUCAGACCCCGGCUUCUCAACUUCAUCGGACCGGACAGGUUGAAGCCGCGCACCAGAGUUCCCCUGCGGUCGGUCUACCUGACGCGGCCGCGCAGAGCUACGCACAUGCUGCUGCGGUCCAGAGCCAGUACCUGUCUCCUGGUGCUCCACAGACCUACGGAGCACAACGGGUGAGUGUUGACGACCACGCGGCAGUGUGUUGUGUUGUAGCAAGGCGGCAUACACGGCGUUCAUGUCGGGUCGCCCUCCGCUGACCCCGCCCUGUUUCCAUUUCCCAUCAGUUUCAACCCUAUCUUUGCAUCGCUGCUAUCCUGAACCAGAAUAUUCCUGCUGGCCAUAGCAUUUCACAGCUUGGACAAGAUGGACUGGGCCACGGGCAGAAUGUCAGCCAGUCGGCUUCAAGUGCGCCGGCCCAGGUACUGCCGGGUCCACAGUCGACGGCUCAGGGACUGGGCCACGGGCCCCUCCAACCUCUGCAGAUUCCAAACUCGCUACCCCCAACACACCCAUCCCAGUUUCCUUCCCAGUAUCCCACCAUCCAGGUGAUGACCGCUGUGACCGACUGUGACUCCUCGUACCCCCACUCCUGCAAUGCCUCCUCUUCUCUCAAUCACAUCUUCCUCUCUCCCGGACAGAGUGUCACCCCCUCUGUUUCCCCCCUUUCUCCUCUGCACAUUGAGAACGCCUCGGCGUCCCUCAUGCCUCCCCCCUCCCCCGCGCUGAGCAAGGCGGGACCCGCAUCCCUGCAGCACCAGCACACCGCUGUUCUGCAGCAGAGUGUUAGACCCGACGCUUCUCGUUCGCAACCUGCACUUAUACCGGCACCAGCCGCCCACCCCUUACACACACACACUGCCCCGUGCCAGAGCACACACCCUCCCACAAAUGGCGGCACUCAGCCUCUGAUACAGCAGGCGCAGGUCGGCCACCCCGAGCUCGUCCCGUCCGCUCAGCUCGGCCGGCCCGCGGUCUUCUCCUCGCCGUUGCAGAACGGGUCCGACGUGGGCCCGGUCGCCGCCGCUGGCCAGCUGGACAACAAGAACCCGUGCCGGCCGGUUCAGAGCCAGAUUCCUGUACUGCAGCACUCUGACUCUCAGAAAGCAUUAUCUGGGUCUGCUAGUUUCAAUCUGACUCGGCAGAAACAGCUCGGUGGUCACGGCGGAGCUCCGGGUCCAACGGAGACCAACGCGGAGGAUCAAGCAGCAGAGAAACACACUGGAGGACAGAGCUAUGACAGCAUCAACUCCGACGCCACCUCGGGGAAGGAGAUGAGCGACGGUUGCGACGGGACCCACGGAGGCAAAGUCCGCAAGCACCACCGCCGGUCCACGCGCACCCGUUCUCGGCAAGAGAAGAUCAGCAGGCCCAAGCUCAACAUGCUCAACGUGUGCAACACUGGCGACAAGAUGGUGGAGUGCCAGUUGGAAACUCAUAACCACAAGAUGGUCACUUUCAAGUUUGACCUGGAUGGCGACGCACCGGAAGAGAUUGCGACAUACAUGGUGGAGAACGACUUCAUUCUGCCGCUGGAAAGAGAAGUGUUCAUCGAGCAGCUCAAGGACAUCGUGGACAAGGCCGAGGACAUGCUGAGCGAGGACGCCGAGGGCGAGAGGAACUCCGACCACGGAGACAGUCCCAAACAGAGCGACGGCGCCAGCGCUCUAGGAACCGAGGCUUCUGCACCCAGCACACCGCAGCUGGUGUACCAGCAGAACGUCCUCCACACUGGCAAGCGCUGGUUCAUCAUCUGCCCCGUGGCCGAGACGCCGAUAUUGGACAAAGAGCAGACGCCAUCUCACACCUCUGCCGCGCAGGAAUCUGAAAAGGCUGCCUCCUCAUCAGUCCGGCCCAACAGCAACACGACAGCAGCGGCGACCCCAGUCGCAUCCGUGUCCUCCGGAAGCCCCCCCUCCUCCUCCUCCUCCUCUUUGCCCCCUGCAGCGCAGGCCUCCGUUCAGCCUCAAGACCAGAACGUUGACGGGACCCGGGUCCAGCAGCCUCAGCCCUGUGUGAAUAAACUCACCCUCGCCGCCGCCGCCAGCCAUCUCAACUUCCUUCCGGUGGAAGAGCCUUGCGUCUCCGCCGUCUCCAUGGUAACGGACAUUCCAUGCUGCGCCAUCACGCCGCCCGUCUCUCUGGACGUGAGCGCUUUCGAUAACGGAGGAGGAGCUUCCCAAACGAAUCCGCCCAAUCAGAAGGCCAGUCCCUCUGGAGAAGUGCCCCCCCAGCUGGCCUCCCAUCAGUCCGUGGUCCUGCAGCAGCCCUACGCCACGCCCAUGCAGCCCGGCACGGUCACCUCUCAGCCCCAGAGUCCGGCGCACCAGGCCCCGCAGAACGCCCAGCCGUCGGGCCACCAGCAGCCGGCGGGCGGCGGGCCGGGCGAGUCGGACAGCGAGGGGCCGCGCAGGGUGGAGUUCGCGGACCGCACCAUCAAGACGUUGGACGAGAAGCUGAGGAACCUGUUGUAUCAGGAGCACGCGCCCUCCCAGCCCUGCAGCGCCGCGUCCGACCCCCAGGUCGCCGGUGCAGAGGGAGUCGGCUCAGACGGCCAGAGCUCCGAGGGAGCCCAGACCAAGAAGAAAGGAGAGCUGCUGCCUCAGAUUCCUGAGCACACGGACGGCGUGGGUGCACUAAGUGACUCUGCGGUGGCAGCCACUAACAGGGUUUCCAACCGGAGAGACGUGGCCACCAGCUCCGGUUCAUCCGGCUCCAAAAGCCUUUUUCAAAUCAUCCCCACGCCACCUGACGUCAUUUGCCGUUUAGAGAAAGGCAAGAAGAGUGGCAGCGCCUGCAGUUCUCCGGCGCCCUCUAGUGGUUCUGCGGGCUCGUACAGCCAGUCCCAGGGCCCGGAUGGGGAAGACGAGGACUGCGCGUCCGUGGACAAAUCCUCCGUGGCGCCCGCAGCCGAUCCCACGGGAACGUCCAAACCGAACGGCGGUAACCGCUGCUCCUCCCCGCCGAACGUCUACCGGGCCACGCCGACGACCAGCCCCGAUGUCACGCCGCGCCACAUCCCCCGGGCCCAGACGACGGGCGCCCUGACCCAUCGCGACUACUCCGCCCCGCCGUCCGAGCACGGCGGCGGCGACCUCAUGAAGAGGGCCGUGGCCUUCCUGCGGCGCUCGGGUCGCGGCAAAAGCGAGCAGAGCUGCGACUCGCCGAGCCGACAGCCCGCGGCGAUGAACGGCCACGCCCCCGCGCCGCCCGCCGGACACGCCCAGCCGUCGUACAUCAGCAGUGACAACGACUCUGAGUUUGAGGAUGCGGAUAUGAGGAAAGAGCUGCAGAAGCUGAGAGAAAAACACAUGAAGGAGAUCUCCGAGCUGCAGGCGUUCCAGAGGAACGAGAUCGAGCAUCUGUACACGGGGCUGGGCAAAGCGCUGCCCCCCAACGUCGGCCUGCUGCACGCGGUGCCCCCUAGUGGCCACAGGCGGCGGGCCAGCAAGCACAAGCUGAAGGCCGGGAAACUGCUCAAUCCAAUGGUGCAGCAGCUCAAAAACAAUCUAAACACCUCCGCGGAGAGGAAAGGUGAGAGCGCCGCCAGCUCGUCCAGCUCCCCGGCUAAGAGCUCGGUCCUGUCGGACGGCUCCUCUCAGUCCAGCGGCGGCUCCAGCUGCAGCAAUCGGCCCGGCGGAGGGCCGCAUGCGGAGCAGGUCCACACGCAGCAGCCCUGUUCCCUGAAGGGCUCGUUCUCCUCCGACAACAUCUACGGCGGGCUGCACGGGGACGCCACGGCCGCCAACCAAGCCGGCCCCGGCCAAGGCUGGACGGUUUACCACCAAACGUCAGAGAGAGUCACCUAUAAGUCUAGUAGCAAACCACGCACUAGAUUCCUCAGUGGACCUGUGUCUCUGUCCAUCUGGUCCACUCUGAAACGACUAUGUCUAGGCAAAGAGCGCAGUAGUAGGUCGGCUUUCCACCCCGCCGCGGCUCACACGGCCUCCGGUCACACGCCGCCGCCGCCGCCCGCCGCGACCACGACGCCCUCGCCGUCUCCCCGGCCAAUCGCGCGGCUCGCUCAGGUCCAGACCAACAACAGCAACAACAAGAGGGGCACGUUCACCGACGACCUCCACAAGCUGGUGGACGACUGGACGAAGGAGACCGUGGCGGCGGCGGCCGCGGCGGCGCCCGGUCGGCCACGCCCCUCCCUCAACCAGAUCAAAGAGCGCCGCCGCCAGCAGGACCUGGAGGCCGGGGCGCCGCCCACACGCGAGAUGAAAUGCCGCCUCGGCCCCCGCAAGUUCCAGCUGCCCACUUCCUGCCCGCUGCCCGCCGCUUUAGGCCUCGGCGUCGCUCCCAACGCCUCCGCCGCCGGGCGCCGCAAACAAUGACGCCCUGCGCCGCAGUGGCGAACGCGGGGCUCCACGCCUACCCUCUGGGCCCCCGUCCGAAAACCUCUCGGACUACCUGAUGCGCUCACUGACAUCUGUUGGUCAUCGUACAACUUCACCCCCCCCCCCCCCCCCCCACCCCACCACCACCAGAGCCACACGUGUACAUCAUCUGAUCUUGUGAAUUACAUGACGCGGGUGUUGAUAUUCUUUAUUCAACACUUCUAUCAGGUGUGUGUGUGUGUGUGUGUGUGUGUGUGUCCGUGUGUGUGUGUGUGUGUGUCCUAUACAGUGCGUGUUAAGUAUGUAUGUCUGAACACCUAAUGCUUUCUUUGGGCUUCUGGUUCUGACUCAACUCGGCCACACGAGACACUUUUGUCUGCAGCCUCGGAAGAAGAAAAAAAAAUUUCACUUUAUUUCCGCAGUUUAGAUUUUUGUUGCCUUUCUCACUUUUAAACACUACAUCGGGGUCCGGGUGCCCGUGGUGUGAGAUACGGGACAGUAUUUACGAUGAAGACACAUUAAGGAAUGUAGUGCCUUGAACAUUGAUUUCUCGAUUAUUAUUUUUCUCCUGUGAAACGAAGCAUGCGUGCAUCCAAGUUAUUUUACUCGACGGUAGCUUGAGUGCAGACUCUCCUUUUUCUUUUCUUUUUAUGCAUUACGGAAACGUUUGUUUUUGGUUUACAUAUGAAUGCCCUUGUAGAACUGCACUAUUAACACUAUGCUCUUAUUUAAAAUAAUAAAAUCACGUUUUAACCCUUGUUUACCCCCCCCACCCCCCACACACACACCCUGUGACAGAUGGAAUGCCAUAGCGGUGAGAUGAACGAUGAGCCGUUGCCUUGCAGAAACGAAACGGUUCAUGAGAGGAAAGAAAAAAUAAAAGUUUAAAGAAAAGUUACGCCAGCAGCCAACCCCCCCCCCCCCACACACACACACACACACACACACACUCCCUGUUCAGGUCAAAUGGUUCAGUCGGACGCGGCCUCUUUUUUUUGUUGAAAGGGACAACUUGAUGCGCCAGACGGCGUCGCGGCCCGAGUCCAGAGCCGCUCGCCGUUUCCUCCCACAGCAGACGCCUCUGGUAGCGCUCUGACCGGAAUGUAGCAAUUUAUGAUGUGAAGGCUCUGAGGCUCAAAAGUGCAAUUUUUGUUGUUGUUGAAACCCCUCCACAAAGCUUUGAUCGUGGCCUCGCCACAAGCCUUAUUAUCUCCGACGGGGGAGCAAGCCGAAAUAUACAAAAAGUUGGAACAAAGUUACGGCUCACCGAGAGACGGACAGACGCGUGAACGCGGCCGCUACGCGCUCUCUCGACUCCGCCGUCCCGUCACACUGUACGUGAAACGUGUUGCGCAAUCACCACUCGAGUCUGAUGCUUUUAAAAUUACUUGAUGUUUUAAGUUUUUUUUCUCUUUUUCUCCUUUCUUUUAUUUUAACGCUGCUAUCGUCUGAGGUGAUUCCACUGUACAAGUUGAGCUUUAUAUAUUCACACGAAGAAAAAAACCCGGUACUUUAAUAAAAAAUUUAAUUAACGAGCGAGACGCUCGCAAAGUGAUUUUGCGUUGUCGCGUUUACGUUUAUUUCCCAGGUUUAUUGACAGCCUUUUUUAAUUCUUUUUUUUUCUUUUCAUUAAUGUAUUGCAAAAUUCAAACACUUGAUAAGGGGGAUUUGCACAAUAUAGUCUCCCCUUAAUUCUGAUCUAUGUUUAAGAGAUUCCUACACUGUAUAAAGUGGGUUUCGUCUGUCACUGACAAAGCAUGGCCGGCUGCUCAUGUUCCACACGGCAAAGAUAAACAACACGGCUCCGGUGGGUCGAUGUUCCACAACACGUGUCAAAGGUCACAGCAUCCCAAUUCUGCCAAGCUGUGAAUUGUACAGUUUUAUUGUAUUAUAUAUUUGUACUUUUUUUUGUUUUGGGAUUGUUUAGAGGUGAUUGAUGGUGGUGGUGGUUGUUUUGGUGUUUGCUAUUCCAUCAAUUCGGUUCGAAUUGGCCUUUUAGCAGAGCUUUAGUGAAACACUUCCAGAAUAGUAAGUAAGAGAUUUCUGUUCUCCGUCCCUUCUAUCUGGUUUUUGUUCCACCGCCUCCUGCUGCCAAUUCUCGGUGAGCAGAGGAAGGAAGAACUGUCGUUGGCUAUUCAUUUGGAUGCAGCGAUGCAGAUGGAGGAGGAUAACGAAGAGGAGGAGGAGCUCGUCUCACUUCGCUUCGAUUGUCAAAGGCUUGUAUUCAAACUGUGUGGGAUCGCUUCUGCCUGCUGUGUGUGUGUGCGUGUGCGUGUGUGUGCAUUAUCCCACCCGGCCCUGCUGCACUCGAAUCACAGACUGUAUGUUCAGAGAGAAAUAAAUAUUAUUUUGUGCUUGA